AUGUCAUCAAAUAUUAAAUCAAACAUUGAAGCAAUCAUCAAUGGUAUCGAAUCAAAUAAGAUUUUGGAUAUCUUUGAGAAAUAUUAUGCAGAGGAUGUUGUGAUGUAUGAGAAAGGUGAUAGUUCAAACAGAGUUGGAAAAGAUCAAAACAGAAAAGCUGAAGAAGCAUUUGUCAAUAAUGCAACCAUUCAUGAAGUAAAAUUAAUUAAAUUAUUGGUUGAUGGAAACAAUACAGCCUAUGAAAUGUAUAUGGAUUUCACUUAUGGAGGUCACAAUGUCAAGAAGACUCAGUGGGCAAUCCAACAAUGGAACAACAAUGGUUUGGUUGUAAAAGAAGAAUUCUUUUAA